AUGGCUCCCAGGAAACGCCCAGAAACCCAGAAGACCCCCGAGGUGGUUGUGCGCCGCAAGAGCAAGAGGAGCAGAAGCCCCAGGGAGCUGGAGCCCGAGGCCAAAAAGCUCUGUGCGAAGGGCCCCGGUUCUAGCAGAAGAUUUGACUCAAGCUGCCUUUGGGCGGAGUUGGCUAGUCUGCAGGUCCCGCCACCAUGCAGCAGCAUCGUCAGGGCCCUCCACCAGCAUAAGCUGGGCAGAGCUUCCUGGUCAUCACUACAGCAGGGUCUCCAGCAGUCCUUUUUGCACUCUCUGGCUUCUUACCGGAUAUUCCAAAAGGCUGCCCCCUUUGACAGGAGGGCCACUUCCUUGGCAUGGCACCCAACUCACCCCAGCACCCUGGCUGUGGGUUCCAAAGGGGGAGAUAUCAUGCUCUGGAACUUGGGCACAAAGGACAAACCCACCUUCAUUAAAGGGAUUGGAGCUGGAGGGAGCAUCACUGGGCUGAAGUUUAACCCUCUCAAUACCAACCAGUUUUUCACCUCCUCAAUGGAGGGAACAACUAGGCUGCAAGACUUUAAAGGCAACACUCUCCGAGUUUUUACCAGCUAUGACACUCUCAACUUCUGGUUUUGCAGCCUUGAUGUGUCUGCCCAAAGCCGAAUGGUGGUCACAGGAGACAACGUGGGGCACGUGGUCCUGCUGAACAUGGAUGGCAAGGAGCUUUGGAAUCUGAGAAUGCACAAAAAGAAAGUGACCCAUGUGGCCCUGAACCCGUGCUGUGACUGGUUCCUGGCCACAGCCUCCGUAGAUCAAACAGUGAAAAUCUGGGACCUGCGCCAGGUUAGAGGGAAAUCCAGCUUCCUCUACUCGCUGCCGCACAGGCAUCCUGUCAACGCAGCUUGUUUCAGUCCUGACGGAGCCCAGCUCCUGACCACUGACCAGAAGAGCGAGAUCCGGGUUUACUCGGCCUCCCAGUGGGACUGCCCCCUGACCCUGAUCCCACACCCUCACCGCCACUUCCAGCACCUGACGCCCAUCAAGGCAGCCUGGCAUCCUCGGUACAACCUCAUUGUCGUGGGCCGAUACCCAGAUCCUAAUUUCAAAAGUUGUACCCCCUAUGAAUUAAGGACGAUCGAUGUGUUUGAUGGAAGCUCAGGGAAGAUGAUGCAUCAACUCUAUGACCCAGAAUCUUCUGGUAUCAUUUCGCUCAAUGAGUUCAAUCCCAUUGGGGACACGCUGGCAUCUGUGAUGGGUUAUCACAUUCUCAUUUGGAGCCAGCAGGAAGCUGGGAUGCGGAAAUGAGAGACAUUAAUGAAGGUGUGGGCCAAGCAGGGCUUAGAGCCACAGGAGAACAAGUCCUGCGAGAAGAGGCGGCUAUGUGUUCAAGGGCCAAAGGUAUCCAAGUCUUAGGGUUGAAGCAGGGGCACUGUGGCAUGGGACACUGUGGGACUGGGACACUGGCAUGUUACUGUUCUGGACUCAGCUCCAGAAACUUCUCUAAAGUUGGCGACCCAGCUGCUCUAAGGGUCUCUGCUGUAUAUAGCCUAGAGCCAAGCUACUUUUUUCCUCUGACGUGCAGUGGCAGAGUGAUCAGGAAGUGGUUUCCGAUGUCUGUUCACUGUUGACAUGGCAAUAAAACCAUACCUACCUGA